AUGCAAGGGCCCGUCUCAACCUUCAUGAUGAUGCGACUUGCACAGGACAACUCGAUCAUGGACAACAUCGACUACAAAGCGAAGGUUGGCUUCGUGCCGGCCGGCGACGGAGGCCGAGUCACAAUCGUCCUCUCGUUUGCGUCGGAAUCCCCUUCGCUCCUCGGAGCCGAGGCGUGCGGCGCCAAGAACGCCCUCGUGAAGGACGUCCCCGCAAAGUCUGGCGCGGAGGCCUCCGACGAGAGCAUCAUCAAGAAAGACCCUUCGGCAGAGGCGCCCGCCGCGGGCACGGUCGACUCGGCCAAGGCCAAGGCCAAGGCCGUCGGCAUCCCGCCCGAGAGCGAGCCCAGCCCGCUCAAGGACGGCAUUGACGCGGGCGGCGGCAACGUCGCGGGCGAGUUGUCGCCGAUAAAGUCCUUCGCGAAGGUCGGAAUCGUGCCGGCUGACGACGGCCGCAUCACGAUCGUCAUCUCCGAGUCGGUGUCGCCUUCGCUCCUCGGAGCCAAGGCGUGCGGCGUCAAGAGCGUCAAGGACAUCUCCGUGGCGAAGUCUGGCACGGAGGACGUCCUCAAGAAGGAGCCGGCCGCGGUAAAGGCGCCCGACGCGGGCGCGGUCGACUCGGACAAGCCCAAGGCCAUGUUCGCCACCCACGCGCCGAGCCCGCCCGCCGUUUUCUGGUCCAAGUUUACGCCCCUCAAGAAGGACAUCCCUGCGGCAGAGUCUGGCGCGGAGGCCUGCGUUGACGAGACCGGCGUCAUCAAGAACGACCCGGCGCUCAAGCCGGCCACCAAGGGCGACUGGAACGUUUCGAACAAGGACUUUCCAGAGGAGACGGCCGCCCCGACGGUGAGCACCUCCCAGCAGAAGCACCCGCGGGUCAUCGACGGGUGGAAGACCCCCUCCCCGCUCCGCAAGAUCGAGCGCAAGGGCGAGCCCAACCUGAUCGACCGCUCCAAGAAGACCACCAAGAACCCAACCCCGAUCGGCCGCGUCGACCCCAACGGGUUGGGCGAGCCCAACCUGGUCGACUGUUCCAAGAGCACCACCCCGACCGACCCACCGACGGCCCCCAACGGCGGCACCACAAACGCCCCGGCUCUCACGCCGGUGGCGACCGGCGGCGCGCCGCUGCCGUCGAGCGAGGAGGGCGACGCCGACUGGACCGUCUCGGCCAAGGAGUCUCCGCCAGCGGAGAAGCUCGCCCCGGCGGGCAUCCCCGACAGGACCACCCCGUCGAACCCGCGCCGCAAGAAGCGCCGCAAGAAGGGGCGCAAGGGCGCGUCCGCCCCGAUCGUCCGCGCCAAGAGCACCGCCCCGGUCGGCGGCAACAACCGGUUCGGGGCCCUGCUCGGAACGAACGGCAACGAGGGCAUCCUCGGCGGCACCGGCAAGGUGCCCCGCGGCUCCACGCCGUCGACCACAGACUCGGGCGCGACGGCCAACGUCGAGACGACCACGAUUACCACGCCGGAGGGCUCCGUCUCUGCCUCCGGCUGGUUCUCUUGGCCCAAGUUCUGCCCGUCCUACUCGCUCCGCCUCUUUGGCGUCCUCGCGCUGCUCUGCCUCGGAACCGCGUUUGCGCUCUCCUCGUACUCUGCCACCUCCGCGCUUCUCUCCUCGCAGUGGCACGAGUCCCCGACUUCCUUUCCCGCAGUCACAACGCCGAUCGCGCCGGCAUGGCUUAACGGCUUCUGCGAGAUUGGCGGCGACGACACCAGCAGCUCGUGUGCAGCCAUCGCCUCUUCGGACAGCGUGCCCGCCGACCACCCGGGCGGGCACGAGGAGGGGCGCUUGUUGGAAGCACUGAUGGACAACGUCAAAGAGGCGGUGGGCGAGCCGUUGCACGUGCUUGGCCAGCCGCCGGCGUCCGUCAAGGACGUUUACGAGCAGCCGGGCGAGGCCGACUUGGAGACCGUCCUCGCCUCGCGCAACAGCACGGAGCGCAAGGGCGAGCCCGAGAUCGACUUUGUCGGUCCCGUCUACAGCAACAGGACGGGGAUCAUCGCUCGGGGGCGCGACACAGUCCUGCCCGUCGACACGUCGCCCAAGUUGCGGCCCGCCGACGCUGGGAAGCCCGGGAUCAAGGUGCGGAAGCUUGUUGAGGCUGGCCUCGCUGGGCUCGUCUCGCAAGCCGGCAUGACCGCCACUCUCGUCCGCGUGGGCGCCGCCGCUCUGCUCGUCUGCAACGCGGCUGCUUUUGCUUACCCGCCAGUGCCACCAGCAGCGCAGCUGCUCGACCUUCGCACGGCCACCACGUACCAGGACUCGAGCUUGUUCGACAAGCAGGCGCCCGUGAGCGAUCUUUCAUAUGCCGACAGCACGACGGGACGGCCGUGGGCCGAGUGCGGCCACUACACAAGCCAAUGGUGGGGCGUCGACCUCGGGAGCGAGGUGUAUGUGCGCUACGUGCGGCUGCAGAACCGCAACGACUGCUGCGCGGAGCGGCUGACGGACGUCGACAUCUAUCUCGGCUCGACGGCGGAGACGUACACGGGCAACGCGCUGGUGAAGUCGGACGUGAGCGUGUCGUCGAACGUGAUGUUGGAGGUGGAGAUCAACGCGCUGGGGCGCUACAUCUACCUCAACCGGCCGUCUGCGGCGGGGCUGACGGUGUGCAAGUUCUACCGUGGAACGGCUCGCUAG